CGCGGGCCGACGGCGGCGCGCUUUACGGCGGCAGCGUGCGUGCGUGACGCUCGCCUGUGGCCUCAGUUCACACGUGGUACCUGCGGAGAACGAUUGUAUUCGGUGAUCUUGGUGCUACUGCUCGUCUCAUAUCUAUUAUGAAGCGGCCGAAGUUAAAGAAAGCAAGUAAACGCAUGACCUGCCAUAAGCGGUAUAAAAUCCAAAAAAAGGUUCGGGAGCACCAUCGAAAAUUGAGGAAGGAGGCUAAGAAACGAGGUCACAAGAAACGUAGGAAAGAGCUGGGAGUUCCAAACAGUGCUCCCUUUAAGGAAGCUCUUCUUCGGGAAGCUGAGCUAAGGAAACAGCGGCUUGAAGAACUAAAACAGCAGCAGAAACUUGACAGGCACAAGGAACAGGAAAAAAAAAGAAAACUUAAAACUAACCCUGUUGAGCCAUCUAAUGUGGAACCUGUGAAUGAGGAAUUUGAGCAAUGCAAAGCUAAGAACAAAGCCAAGCCUGGCAAACAGAAUCCGAAGAAGUUGUACUGUCAGGAACUUAAAAAGGUGAUUGAAGCCUCAGAUGUUGUGCUGGAAGUAUUGGAUGCCAGGGAUCCUCUUGGUUGUAGGUGUCCCCAGGUGGAAGAGGCCAUUGUCCUAAAUGGACAGAAAAAGCUGGUACUUGUAUUAAAUAAGUCAGAUUUGGUACCAAAGGAGAAUUUGGAAAACUGGCUGAAUUAUUUGAAGAGGGAAUUACCAACAGUUGUGUUCAGAGCCUCAACAAGUCUGAAGAACAAAGGGAAGAUAAUCAAGAAGAUGAGGAGAAAAGUUCCAUUCAAAAGUGAAGUCUGCGUUGGAAAAGAUGGCCUUCGGAAACUUCUUGCAGGUUUUCAAGAGAUUUAUGGCAAAGCUAUUCACGUUGGAGUAAUUGGUUUCCCAAAUGUGGGGAAAAGCAGUAUCAUCAAUAGCUUAAAACAAGAACGGAUAUGUAAUGUCGGUGUAUCCAUGGGGCUUACAAGGAGCAUGCAGGUUGUCCCCCUGGACAAACAAAUCACAAUAAUAGAUAGUCCAAGUUUCAUUGUGUCUCCACUUAACUCUCCCACCACACUUGCUCUGAGAAGUCCAGCAAGUAUUGAGGUACUAAAACCAGUGGAAGCUGCCAGCGCAAUCCUGUCCCAAGCUGAUACUCGGCAGGUAGUACUGAAAUUCACUGUCCCAGAUUUUAAGAACUCUUUAGAAUUUUUUACUUUGCUUGCUCAGAGAAGAGGACUGCACCAAAAAGGUGGAACCCCAAAUGUAGAAGGUGCUGCCAAAUUGCUGUGGUCGGAGUGGACAGGUGGCUCUUUAGGCUACUAUUGCCAUCCCCCUACAUCCUGGACUCUUUCUCGACAUUUUAAUGAAAACAUUGUGACAGACAUGAAAUGGGGCUUUAAUCUGGAAGAACUGGAAAAGAACAAUGCGCACAGUAUACAAGCCAUCAGAAGCCCUCAUUUAGCCAGUAGCAUCCUUUUCCAGUCCUCGGGUCUGACAAAUGGAAUAAUAGAGGAAAAGGACAUACCUGAAGAAUUGCCGAAACAGCAGCAAGGUGGAGAGGACUAUGAAAACAUCAACAAUGACCAGGAAAGUGUUGAUGAAGAAGCUGUUGAAAAGAGUUCAGACAUGUCCCCUCCAAAAGAGGCUUGGGAAGCACUGCCUGAGGAGGCUCAAGCAGAUGAACAGUCUGAGCAGUCUUAUAUCUUGGAUAGAGUGCCUGAAGAGGAAGAUGAUGCUUAUAACUUCACUACAGACUAUGUCUAAUCAAACUUUGUCCUGCUACGUUUUGUUUUUUUUUUCCAACAUUUUGAACAGUCUGCUAAACUGUUCUGUAUGUGUGAUAUACCAUUUGUUUCUGAUGUAAGCUGUGUAAAUUUUGUAAAUAUGUAUCAUCAUGAAAUAUAUAAUUUUCCUGGACACACAAAUAAACCAGGUACCUAUUGAGAAA